CAGAUCCCCUUCUUUGUUCCGUUCUGUUCAAUGGCUUUUUGACAUUUUUGGUACUCUCAACGUCCGUCACCUAACCCAUUUUCACUGUGCUGUGCUAGCAAGCCAGUGGAGAAACCGAGGGAAAUCCACUAUUACCGUAAUCCCACCUAUAAGUCUUCAAAAAAAACCAAACAAAUUUGCCCAUUUUGCUAUUUUCUCCAUUACCCAUUUCUUGGCUCAGCUUAAAGAUUUGGUUUUGAUUCAAUGGAGUUUUUACAGACAGUGGAUUCCCAGCUCCUUGUGGGUGCAGCUGUAGCGGUUCUUGCUAUUGGGGUUGGUGCUGUUUUCCUCUUUUCUUCCAGGAAACCCAAAGGCUGCCUGGAUCCUGAGAAUUUCAGGGACUUUAAACUCGUCAAGCGCACUCAACUCAGCCAUAAUGUUGCAAAGUUCACAUUUGAACUCCCUACACCUACUUCAAUUUUGGGACUUCCAAUUGGACAACAUAUAAGCUGCAGGGGCAAGGAUGGUCAGGGUGAAGAAGUUAUCAAACCUUAUACUCCUACUACAUUGGAUUCCGAUGUUGGAUACUUUGAACUAGUUAUAAAGAUGUAUCCACAAGGAAGGAUGUCACACCAUUUUCGCGAGAUGCGUGUUGGAGAUAAACUUGCCGUAAGGGGACCCAAGGGUCGUUUCAAAUAUUUACCUGGGCAAGUUAGAGCAUUUGGAAUGCUUGCUGGAGGCUCUGGCAUUACCCCAAUGUUUCAGGUUGCUAGAGCAAUCCUAGAAAAUCCAAAGGACAAAACAGAGAUUCAUCUUAUUUAUGCCAAUGUAACUUACGAGGAUAUUCUUUUAAAGGAAGAGUUGGAUGGUCUAGCAACUAACUACCCCGAACAGUUUAAAGUCUACUAUGUAUUGAAUCAGCCUCCGGAGGUAUGGGAUGGAGGUGUUGGCUUUGUCACAAAGGAAAUGAUUCAAGACCACUGUCCGGCUGCAGCACCUGAUGUCAAGAUUCUGAGGUGUGGUCCACCACCAAUGAACAAGGCUAUGGAGGGUCACCUCAAUGAUAUUGGAUACGAACGCGAGAUGCAGUUCCAAUUCUAAUCAUUUCUCAUGAACUUCACGAUAAGACGGUCUGGAGUCAGGUUUCUUUUUAUCUCAUGUCGAGCGAGGAACUAUUCUUCUUUCUUUGUUAAUUUCAUCUCAAACUAGAGCGGUUAGAUGCUGGAGACCACUUAAUCAAUUUUCAUUGGUAUAAAACUCGAAUGGUGUUAUUGUAUGGGAACUUGAAAAGUUUUACAUGCAGCUUUUUCUGUCUUC